UCGAAAUUUGGAUGUUUAUAAUACGCUCCGGAAUCCGAACCCGGGACUGUUUGGUAAAUUCAAACAGGUGGGUCAAACUUUUACGACGCCGUUUCGUGAUUCCCUUUUUUAUUUCACGGUUUGUCUCUGUUCUGAGCUCUGCUGGUGUCCGUUAUUUCUCGCCGAAGCUCCUCAUUUCGCCGGGAAAUCGUUGUUCAGAAGAGGGUAAUCAUUCCAAGCUUAAACCAGAUGUACAUCCUCUUCAUGAAGCUUUUUGGAUGCUGGUUCUGUACAGGAAAGCUGGAAUAGAGCAUCUGCGCUCAGAGGGCUUAAAGGCCUCAGAACUGAACAUGUAAUUACGUUUUCCUUCUGUAGUGAUGUUUUUGUUAUACUGCUUUCACAUUCUUGAUUACAGUUUAAGUACUUUCUCUCUCCAUCCUUUUAGGUGUUUCUGCUUUGCAUCUUUUUUGAUGAUUUAGGUUCUUUUUAAGUCUUUUCCUUGCCAGAAUUAUCUUUUUACUACUUGGGAUUAAAGUUAUGACAGAAUUUUGGGGUUGAAGCCGCAUCCGGGGGAGGUUUAGACAAGCUGAUAUUCCUGCGUUCUGGUUUACUUACUAUCUUCUGGUUUGCGGUCCUCCUUUAAAGGUGGAACAAGUUCUGCAGUGCAGAAAAAAAGGAAUAUUUUCUUUUGAUGAAUUCUUAUUCUGCUGCUUGAAAUACUUAAAUCUCAAGUGGUCACAGAUGGCUCGGUGUUCAACAUUAGGCUGUAGAUUAAUGUAUUUCCAAGAAAGUUUUUAUCCAAAAUUACAAUACUCAACCGCGGUGCAACGAGUACCAGAUUCUGUUGAAGCCAUAUCAAGCUCAAACCCACUGUACAAUCUUCUCCCUGAAUCUCAAAACCCGAAUAACAUGGUUAGUCUGAUAUCCCCUGUCCUAAAGCUAAAAGAUGAUUCUCAUUUAGCCCUUUCCCUUCUCCAUAAAACAUUGCAAGACCAGGGGAUCAUUAGUCAUCUGGAAGCUCCCGUCAUCUCAAGGGUUCUGUUAAGUUGCCAAUCUGAUCCAUCAUCUGCUCUGACAUUCUUCCAAUGGGCUAGAUUGGAUUUGGGUCUUAAGUUAAGCACUGAAAAUUUUUGCAUUAUUGUUCACAUUUUGGUAUGGUCUAAGAAGUUUUCCCAAGCUAUGAUGGUUUUAUCUGAAUUGCUAAAACUAGGCAAGGAUGUUUCAAACUGUGUGGAUGUUUUUAAGACUCUCCUUUUCUGCACUCAGAGCUGUAAUUGGGACCCUGUUGUUUUUGAUAUGCUAAUUAAGGCUUCUCUCAAGAUGGGUAUGGUUAAAGAAAGUUACAGAGUUUUUAGGAAGAUGGUAAGGCUUGGAUUUGUCCCUAGUGUUGUGACCAUCAAUUGUCUUUUGAAUGGGCUUUCGAAGAUGAACUAUGGUAAAAAAUGCUGGGAAAUAUAUGGCGUAAUGCAGAGGAUUGGACUGCACCCAAACACAUGUACAUUUAAUAUAUUGAUGCAUGUUGUAUGUUUGGAUGGGAAUACAGAUGACGUGAACACAUUUUUGGAGAAAAUGGAAGAAGAAGGUUUUGAUCCUGAUGUUGUUACUUACAAUAUGCUGAUCGAUAGCUACUGUAGAAAAAAUAGGUUGAAGGAUGCAAUUUACUUGUACCACAUAAUGUAUAAGAGAGGUAUUAUUCCUGAUUUGGUUACUUAUACAAUAUUGAUAAAUGGAUUCAGUAAAGGAGGCGAUGUUAAGUAUGCUCAUCAGCUAUUCUUAACAAUGGUUAACAGAGGUUUAAAUCCGGAUAUUGUAGCCUAUAAUUCUCUUAUUUCUGGUUUCUGCAAAGAAGGAAUGAUGAAAGACGCGAGGUCCUUGUUGCAUACCAUGAUUGGGGAAGGGAUUCAACCAGAUAAUUUCACUUUUUGGAGGCUUGUGGAGGGUUAUCAGAAACAGGACUGUUUGAUUUCAGCUUUGAAUUUGAUUGUGGAGCUUCAAAGAUUUGGGUUUCCGGUCCCUGACGAUCUAUAUGAUUACAUCAUUAUUGCUUUGUGCAGAGAAAAUAGACCAUUUGCAGCAAAGAGUUUGUUGGAAGGAUUAGCAAGUGAUAGCUAUCGGCCCAAGCUCGGGAUCUUCAGUACCUUGAUAUAUUCCCUAUGUCAUUGUAACUUCUUGGAAGAGGCAUUAAGGUUUGUGGCUAAGCUAGUUUCCAAUAAUAUGAAGCCAGACUUGAGAAUCUACAAAGCAGUUAUUAACUCCUUGUGUAAAUCAAAUCGAUGUAUGGAGGCUGAAAACUUCUUGGGGAAACUGGGUGAGUCAGGUGUUCUACCUGAUGUUGAAAUUUGCAGAAAUUUGGUUAAUGGCUUUUGCCGAGAGAGGAAUUUCGAUGAAGCACACCGUCUGCUGAGAUUCUUUGCUGAGAAGUUUGGUAUCUUGGACACAGUAUGCUAUAAUGAAGUCUUUAGAAUCCUUUGCGAGACCGGUGACAUUUCUCGAGUAAUGGAAUUUCAAAGCAGCAUGAAAAAAAUUGGGUUUGCCCCAAAUGGUCUGUCAUGCAAACACAUGGUUGAUGGUUUGCAAAAUGCCUUGGCUGUACACAAGAACAAUCUCAAACCCAACUAAUAUGUUACACACUCUUCAAGCUUGAAGGCUUAUUAUAUCUUUUUCUGUACAAUCAGUUGUAUGUCACUUUUUUGGCAGCCUGAGGGAUUCUAAGGAACAGCACAAUCAUUGUUGUACUAUACUUGGGUGAUUGCUGCCUUGGCGGUCUUAAAGAUGGCUGCUUAAUUAGCACACGUUUUAUAAACGUUUUGUGCUAAUAGACAUGGCUGAUGAACCCCACCAUCAAAUUGUAGCAUUUGGAGUCAGCUGACACUGCCAGGGACCAUGAAGUUAGUGUUUGUUAGAGGCACUUUUUCUUACUUCCCCUAGUUAGAAACUGUUCUAGUUUUGUUCAAUUUCCAACUACACAAUCAGGUGUAGUCAUAGGGUCGAUUUUCAUUCAGGGCUUUUCCUCUCGAUGAACAGAAAACUUUCAGUUGUACAUAUAAUUUUAUUUCAGUUUGGUAAAAUGAGAAGAGGUUUUUAAUUCCACAGGUGCCACUGUUAUUGCUAAUUUCUUUACUGUAGUUUCCAGCUUGAUUUGGACGAUAAAGAGAGCAGACUUGUGCGUAUGCUUGGAGCUCGAUCAUACAAUUUCUAUCUUAUUACGACAACUUAACUUUGGCCGCAUUUUCCUUUAAUUCAAUUACAAUUAGGGAAAAUCCUAAAGGUAAAGCUGUUCUAAGCAGGGAGUUCAGAAUCUUUGAAAAAAAUUCAAACCCUUCUCAUUCAUCGUCUACCCCGAUCAGAUGUAACAGUCCUUAGUCCCUGCAUUUCAAGAGCAACAAAGAAGAAUGAGUUAACAGAAGAACCAGCUCUUUACUCAUUAUGUUAACCACAUUGCUUAUAAGCAUAUCACAAGAGCCAUUCAAUCAUAUGCUGGUUUCCGACCAUAGCUUCUAUGCUUGUGCCGCUCGGCUGUAGCAAUACAGCAGAAGACAGCAUAACAAACUUGGUGGUUUUAUACCUCAAAAUGUAGACUUGAAUAUCUAAGUUGCAAAAAUUUGGUAGACAGUAAGUGUAGAAAGAUGAUCAGCAGUUACCGUUUGCACAAAUUACCUUGUAGACUCAAAGAAAAGAUCAACGGAAAUUUCAAGGAUCAGCAAUUAAGGUUUGAUCACAGCAGGAACAUUGAUGACAACUGAAACAUGGUAAUCCAUGCUCAGAUUCAGAGGUAAAAAGGACAAUGUAGGGCGAAGUCUAGGUUAUCAUUCAAUACUAGAAUGCAACCCACGCCUUUUAUUACAACCCAGUAACCAAUUGCUUUGCUUACAAAAGCCAAGCAUGGUAAAAUUGUUUUAGAAGAGGUUGCGACUGUCACAAUGUAAUGCCUUGAUACAAGAACAAGGGCCCUCUUCAUCACUAAUUUUUGUUCAAAAUUCCAAUUUUUACCUCAUCACUGCCAACAACAAAUCCUGCUCAGACCUUUUACUAUGCCAUCAUAUCCUCCGCCAUUGCCAACAAAACUUAUACGCAGGGCAAACGAAUCGACAUCCAAAACUGACACUUUUUGUUCUUCAAAACAAAAUUACAACAGAACCCACAACCAUUUAUCAAAAUUUUCAUGUUUAGAAAGCAAUUUGGAACUCAUUGGGGUUAAAAAUUCGGUUUUGGCCAGGAGGGUGGCUGAAAAAAUCCAUUCUUGAUGACUAAAGUAUGCAGCAAGAAUGGCAGAUUUGAGAAGGUUAUAAUAAAGCUAAAACAGCUUUCAGAAAUUGCUAAAAUAUGUAAUGAACUGAGAAAGAGGAGAUCUUAAGCUAUUUUAUAUCGUAGUAGCUCGAGGAAUUUACAAGUAAUCUUUACCUAACCGGAGUAUCUUUCGGCGGCCUUUGGAAUACAGCCUACCACGGCGGCGCCCUUUUUCCUCUGUUAUGCUAAAGUCUAGGGCUGCCUGCUUUUAAAUGGGAUUGUUAGACGGUGGCGUCUUCUCUUGGAGGGGCACGGACAACCCUCAAACUUUGUC